AUGUCCAAUCCAAGUCCAGACCUUGACCUUCAAAAGGCAUUUGCUGCUGUUGCAAAGGGUGAACUGACUGCAACGGCCUUGGAACAACAUCUCAAUGAAAUUGAAGCCAAAAUGAAUGCACUCGAUGAACGCAUGCAAUCCUUUGAGAAGGAACAUAUUGCUGCAAUGGAAGCUGCAACAGAAGCCAGAGCUGCGAAUGGGACAGGUCCUAAUCAACCAGACAAUCAAACAGUGGACUCGUCAAAUAAUCCACCCAAGUGA